ACACACCCUUCCUAUCUUCUCCUUUUGAUCGCUUUUAGAACUUCAGGCGACCUGCUUGCGAGAACACGUUCAAUUAACUACAUACAAUGGCCUCCGUCAACCCCGCCGCGGUCGCUAUCCCAUCAUUCACCGGACUCAAAUCCGCCGGUGCAGCCAAGGUUAACGCUGCCGUUAAGGUCUCAGCCUCCCGAAGGCAGAUGUGCAUCGUCAAGUCAUCCCUCAAGGAUAUCGGUGUGGCCGUUGCCGCCACUGCCGCCAGUGCUAUCCUCGCCAGUAAUGCCAUGGCGAUUGAGGUCUUGCUAGGCAGCGAUGACGGUGGCUUGGCCUUCGUCCCCAACAGCUUCUCCGUCGCCCCCGGUGAGAAAAUUGUGUUCAAGAACAAUGCUGGAUUCCCACACAACAUUGUGUUUGACGAGGACGAGGUUCCCGGCGGUGUGGAUGCUGGAAAGAUCUCGAUGAGCGAGGAGGACCUCCUGAAUGCCCCCGGGGAGACCUACGCCAUCACCUUGACCGAAAAAGGUUCAUACUCUUUCUACUGCUCUCCUCACCAGGGAGCUGGCAUGGUCGGCAAAGUUACCGUUAACUAAUUCAUGAUCAGUUGUCUGAUUAAUAAUAUUUAUGCUUCCUUUUUUGGAGGCAAAGUAGGACUUCUGUACUGAUCAGAUUAUAUAUUGCCAUGAGAGACAACGUGCGAGGUGAAACCAUUUAUAUAUUGAGCGCCCUUCAUGCUUUUCA